GAAAAAUCCACUAGAAGGUGAUAGACUGUAGGUAAUAUGACUGCUCCUUUUUUGAGAGUGUAUACAGAUAUACUUUCGGAGCGUAAAGUCAGGGUAGAGGGGACGUGGCAUCUUGUGUCGAUAAAAGCGACCCACGAUCAGCCCUUGUGUGCGUGCAAACAAACCUGGUCCGUACAUUUCGCGUGGCCAGUAGACACAAUGAAAUUAUCUUAUUUCUUUUUCGCGCUGUCAAGCAGUGGAGCAACCCUGCUUUUAUUCGCCGUUACGCAGCUAGCAACCCAGGUGUCCGGGUUCGAUCUGGAAGAACCCCGAGAUCUGAGGCAUGAGAUGAAGAAAAUAGAGGUUAUUCACGGGAGCGAAGGUGCGCGGUUCGAGUGUCCUGUUGAGUCGGUGCUACUUCCCGAGCAAGCAAUGUCUGGCGACAUUCGGGCUGCCACAGUGUUUGCUGUAGCCGCUGAUGGAUCGUGCAACAUUUUCGACCCGCCCUCCCUGCUCGGUGACGUAGUACCUGGUGCUUACCUGCAGGAGGAGCUUUCGGUGAAUGCAGACAAGGCGGCAAAAACAUACACGCUUGUGAUCCCAGGUUUGCCCGCGAAGGAGGUCAAACUCUGCUACGUCUGCGCGCACCCAGAUAAUCCAGCAGGUAGUCAGGUGACGGUGAUCACGGUAAGACGAUCUGGAGACAGCGAAAAUGGAAAUCCUGCGUCAUCGCCCGUGUGCAGGCCUAGUUUCUCCCUGGAGGCUUGGGCUCUAGGUGUGAGACAGCCAUCCGUAGUUCUGGAUGUGGCGGCACCAGGACAGUCGGUGCGAUUUUCGUGUCUGAGCACUGCCACAGAGCUACCAAGCGAAGCCGGAGCUCGUCCGGCACCCGCACAGGUAUAUCCCGUCAAUGGGCGGGGUUGGUGUGACUUGUCGAAGGGACCGUCUAGCUUGGAAAAAUUUCUUUUGGGGGCGGCAAUGACAGCGGAAGUUAGACAGCGAGGUGGAGGUUUUCUGACGACGUACACGCUCAAUGUUCCUCGGCUUCCGUCGACAAAUAGGCGAUUCUGUUACGUCUGCCCGCGGAACCGUGAUCCGGCGGACGGCUGCGCAGUCCUGGUGAAGGUCAGAGGAGGAAUGGUAGAGGAUCCAAUAGGGAAGCCGGCCGCAGUGCCGACAUGUCACCCCCAGGAGUCCCCAGAGGGAAUUGCAGCAGGCACGAAAAGUGCUGCGUUAAUACUGGAUAUUGUUAGACCAUAUUCUAGCGUGAAAUUCGCGUGUCCCAAUAAUUCGGAGGUAUUGCCACACAACGCUGUUUCCGACGACGGCCUCAAAGCUUCUGUUUUUGCAGUCAGGAAGGACGGCUCAUGCAUCAUUGGGGAGCACACGUUGAAACUUCAGGACGUCGUUCCCGGGGCCACGCUGACGGGGACCACCCUGGUAGAUAAAGGGUCGGUCACCAGAGUCUACACCUUUUUUGUAGGCAUGUUGCCGACCAGGAGCCAGAAGGUGUGCUACGUCUGUGCCCGCAAUUCGCUCGCGCCUCAAGGGUGCGGAGUAGUGAUUUCCGUGAAAGGGAAGGAAAAUGGCAAGCCUGCAAAGGUGUCUGUUUGCGAGCCACAGUACUUACAGGGGGUAGCCGAGAGGGGUCUGUUGUCACCAUCAGUGGAGCUCCUUGUAGACAAACCAGAGGGAGUCGCGCAAUUCGUCUGUCCUGGAAAUUCAGUUGUUUUUCCAGAACAUGCAACAGAUGAGAGCCCGGGCAUUGCAACGGUGUAUCAGGCAUCAAACGCUAAUGCAUGCGACGUCUGGGAGAACCCCGUGAAGUUGGACAACGUUCUUCAAGGUGCAACACUUCGGGCAGAUACGUCAGAUGAAGAUACUAUGAUGGCGAAAACUUACACCUUCAAGGUUCCUGCGCUUCCGUCCACAGAAACAAAGUUAUGUUAUGCGUGUGUUAGAGACGGUGAAAUUGCUAAUAGCUGUGGUGUCAUGAUUACCGUGAAGCCGAAAGGGCCGACCACAGAAGAAAUCCCCAGCGCGCUGCUUGAGAGAGGACUAUGUUUGCCAGUGUAUUCUACCGACGUAGCGAAAACUGGCUUGAGGAGGCCAUCUGUGGUACUGAAGGUCGACAAGCGUAAUCGAGUUGUCGAGUUCACGUGUCCACAUAGCUCUCUUGUUUUCCCCGACCAAGCCGCCGACUCCGAUGCAGGUGAAGCAGUGGUGUACACAGUUUCUGGCGGCUCCUGCGACGUGUGGGAAAACCCAGUUUACCUGACAAAAAUUUUGCCAGGAGCUUCGUUGGUCUCUGAAACUGCUGUUGAUGCUAGCGAGAUUACAACGAAGUACACGUUCACCGUUAAACAGCUUCCCAAAACCCCCAAAAAGCUGUGCUACCUCUGCGUCUACAAUCGUGAUGUCAUGAAUAGUUGUGGAGUCCUGAUCGAUGUCUCCAGCAACUCUAUGACGAGGCUGUCCAAGACGAGCGAGGAAGGUAUUCAUACAAAUCCAACUGUCCCUACCACCUUGGAGUUGCAGUGCCCACCAGACUACUCGGCACGCACUGCAGCUACCGGGCUAAGGCUUCCAGAAAUGGAGUUGCUUGUUGAUUCGGUGAAUCGAACAGCGCGCUUCGUUUGCCCGGAUGAUUCAUCUGUUUUCCCAGAGAUUGAUGGAGAAGCAGAUCCGGCGUCUGGCAAAGUGUACAGAAUGACCGGCGAUUCAUGUGACACUAGGGAGGAGACAGCGUUUUUGCAAGAUGAAGUCCCUGGCGCGGAGUUGCAACGAAGAACCGUCGUGGACGGAGGUGUUGUACAGCGAUACUAUAUUUUCAAGGCUUCGCGGCUCCCAGAGGAGGAUAAAAAGCUGUGUUUUUUGUGCGUCCGGCAGCGAAACCCUGCCGACAGCUGCGCUGUGAUGAUCACUGUCAAAGCAGAUUCGGCUGCUGCUGUCCCUAUACACCCAUUUCGACCAAGACCGGCAGUUAAACUGGCUACGUAUGUCUGCAAGCCGGAAAACUCUACUGAGGUUGCUGAAACAGGAUUGAAGGCGCCUGCUCUCAGUUUGACCAUCGACAGUAGGGCCCAUAGUAUCCAGUUUAUUUGUCCAGAAAGUUCCAUAGUGUUUCCCGAUCUUGCGGCAGUGCCCGAUCAGGAUUCAGCCACGGUGUAUCUGGUGGGUGAAGGCGGCUCGUGUAACGUCGCCGCAUCGCCUCGCUUGCUUUCGGAUGUUCUACCUGGGGCAACGCUAGGCUCCCGGACGACAGUGGAUGAAGGUGUAGUCAACCGUACUUAUACACUAACCGCGCCAAAGCUGCCCGAGGAGGAUGUCAAGUUGUGCUACUUAUGUGUACGGAACCGGCAGAUUGCGGAGAGCUGCGGGAUCCACAUCACAGUGAAGGGUACGAAGGCGGAGUCCGUCGCGAAGCCAGCCGGACCGAUCUGCAGUCUGGGUUAUUCUCCGGGAUCCGAAAAGACAGGGAUGCGAGAGGCGGCGAUCGAGCUAGUAGUGGAGGACCCGAGCACGCCUGUUCGCUUCAUAUGUCCCGAAGGCUCGUACGUUUUCCCGGAGUACGCAACAUCUACAGACAAGGGUAUAGCCGCAGUUUACGGAGUCAAAGGUAACGAAUGCAUCUUUGCAGGCCCCAGAGAGAACCUGCAAAGCUUAGUGCCCGGCGCAACUCUUCGAAUGGAGGCUGCCGAUGAAGGCGGCACUGUGAUGAGGACUUACACUUUUACGACUCCAGAACAGCCCGCAGAAGACAGGCGAUUCUGCUACAUGUGCGUCCGUGAGCGCGAUAUUUAUCAGAGCUGCCCGGUCAUCAUUGUUGUUAAGGGCAGCGGCCACUUACCAGAGCCCAAAGCACAACCACAGGAGGAGCACGAACUACCCGUGUGCACCCCACAUGAACAAGCAGGGACAGCGCUUACAGGGCUCCUGGACCCUUCCGUGAAGCUGUGGGUCAAUGAACCGGAGGAACAAGUCAGUUUUGUCUGUCCAGAUGGCUCUGCAGUACUACCAGAUCAGGAGACCUCAGAACCACAGGUCUAUGCUGUAGGAGCAGGAGAAUAUUGCCUGGUCACGAAGCCACUAAUGUCUCUUGCAAAAGCUGUCCCGAGUGCGUCCUUGUCGACUGACACUGUUGUGGAGAACGAGGUGACGACAAGAAAAUACACACUAAGAGUUCCCAGCCUGCCUUUAGAGGAGACGAAGCUGUGCUAUACGUGCGUAAGCGAAGUGGAUCCGGCGAAGAAAUGUGGUGUGUCCGUAACUGUAAAAGGAGAGGGCAAAAUGCCAGGUGGUCUGACAUCAUCGCUGCCAUCGCCUGUGUGCGCUGCUCAAUUCUCCCAGUGUGCCUUCCUUACUGGAGUAAGAAUGCCGAGUAUAAUGCUGACCGUACACGAGCCGAACACAAAGCUGGUUUUCGACUGUCCCCCCAACACAGCUUUAUAUCCGCAGAAUGCAGUGGUUCCCGGCAAGGCGACAUUUUUCCCGCUGAAUGAGAAAGGUGCCUGCAUCUAUAAGGGACCGGUGGCGGAAUCAAAAUUGUACGACGUUGUUCCUGGGGCAAGACUACGUGCUAAAGAGACUGUUGACGGAGCUGUGGUACGAAGCUAUACAUUGACCGUAUCAAAACUGCCGAAAAAGGAGACCAGGUUAUGCUACUUGUGCGUGCGUGGAGAUGAGCCAGCGUACAGUUGUGGAGUCAUCGUUAAGGUGAAGGCUCCAGCACCUGCCGCACCGGAGCCGAAGCAGCUACCGGUCUGUGUCCCCUCCUCCGAUCCCUCUGUGGGGAAGAUGCGAAGGAUAACUCCAAAGCUGACGCUCAAAAUCGAAAAACCUGGUGGUAGUGCAAGUUUCGAAUGCCCUGAUGGAUCCACCAUCUUCCCAGACCAUGCGGACGCACUAGAUCCCAAAUGCGUCCUUGCUUACAAAGUGGUGAGAGAUACCUGCGAUUUGCGAGGUCCUACAGAGAUGGUGGCCAGCAAACUUCAAGGAGCUUACCUUACUAAAACUUUUGUCGGAACGGGAUACAAAUAUACGUUCACGGUGCCGCAUCUACCAGCAGAGCAGCAGCAAGUCUGCUUCAUGUGCGUCAUGGACAGAGAUACGUCACGUAGCUGUGGAGUGGUAAUUAAUGUAAUGCCACAUCCCGCUGCAUCCCGAUCGUCAGUGCCAGAAUGUAAACUGAAACAUGUGCCGGCAGCGGCCACAACGGGCCUCCGUGAAGCGUCACUGAUCCUGAACGUGAGGGAACCCAGCAGCGUUGUUGAAUUCGGCUGUCCAAGAAAUUCAGUAAUUAUGCCCAGCACGGCAACGUCCAGUGAGCAUCUGGCACAAGUGUAUUCUGUACGUGACCGGCAUAUCUGCGACAUGAAAGAAUUUUUGCGGCCCCUUGCGGACCUUGUUCCCGGAGCAAGCCUCAAGCUGGUCCACACACCUGAGGAUGGCGACACAACAAGGACACAUAUGUUCAGGGUCGGUAGCCUUCCAGUCAAAGACACGGCUCUAUGCUACUUAUGUGUGGAUCCAGGGGAUCAUUCGCACAACUGCGGAGUAGUGAUCAAUGUCAAAGGCUCUGAGGUUCCGCCGCCACCGAAGGACUUUGGCUGCGCCCCAUCGCACUCGGAAGAAGUGGAGAGAACGGGCAAGCUGAGUCCAGCGGUACGACUUAUGGUAACCUCGACGAAGGAGCCCAUCCGUUUUGAAUGCAGAGAUAAUGCAAAAGUCUAUCCUCCUGCUGCCUCCUUGAUAAAACCUGCAAAAGCUGUGGUGUAUCCGGUGAGUGCUGGGGGGAGGUGCAUUGUGGGGAAACCACCGCUAAGUUUAAAUCGCGUCGUUCCGGGCGCAAAGCUUAAGACGAAAGCAAAGCUGGUAACCGGAGCCAUUACUACAACUGGCUUCGUGUUCGUGCCAGUGCUUCCUUCCAUUCAGAAGGAUUUCUGCUUCGCGUGCGUGGACAGAGGCGACAUCACAAACAGCUGUGGAGUCCUUGUUACUGUUCCGCCUUUCUGGGCACCUCCGGUCCAAGAAACCGUGUGCAACGAUGUAAAGACUUUGACGAUGACGGUUCACUCUCCCGGUUCAGUGACUCUGCGCUGCGGUCUAGAGUUUCCCAAAGUCGACCCGCCAAUUGAUGAUCCUGCUUCGCAGGGGCAAGUCUACUACGGAAAGUCCUGCGGCGACGUUGGAGCGUUGCGCACUGUGAUUCCUGGGGCUUCCGUAGUAAAGGAACCGUUUUACCACAACUUGGCGAAGGAGGUCGCAGUGGGGGUGACGCUCACAGUCCCCGCAUCCAUAGUGAAGCAAACAAUAUGCUUCAAAUGCCGCCAACCAGACCCACUGCAACAUGAAACGUGCACAGUACGUGUAACCGUGUUGCCGCCUGCGGCGCAGCCGACAACUACAACGACGACAACCACUACUACGACAAUCAAGCCAACAACGACUACUACAACCAGAAAACCUACCACAACAACAACCACAACCAGGAGACCUACCACAACUACAACAACAACAAAGAAACCUACCACAACAACGACUACAACCAGGAAACCUAGAACAACAACGACCACUACAACCAAAAAACCUACCACAACAACAACCACAACCAGGAAACCUACCACAACAACAACUACAACCAAGAAACCUACCACAACAACAACUACAACCAAGAAACCUACCACAACAACAACUACAACCAAGAAACCUACUACAACGACGACAACAACAACAACCAGGAAACCUACCACAACAACAACUACAACCAAGAAACCUACCACAACAACAACUACAACCAAGAAACCUACCACAACAACGACAACAACAACCAAGAAACCUACUACAACAACAACUACAACCAAGAAACCAACAACUACUACUACUACAACCAGGAAACCUACCACAACAACAACUACGACCAGGAAACCAACAACAACUACUACAACCAACAAGCCUACCACAACGACAACAACUAGAACACCUACCACAACAACAUCGAAACCGCCUGUGGUUUUCGAGCUUCCUUCCGAAUUUAUCGAAGAAACAGCCACAACAACCAGGGCGACCAUCUCGCUGCGUGCGAGGUCAGCGGCAGCACCAACUUCAACUACUACAGUCGGACCAACAACACCUGCUACGUCACUCUUCGACUGGAGCAGUAAAGUAGCCUCCCUGGCAGGCCAGUGGAGCUUUUCAGGAGCUCUGCAGGGAACUGCCGGUUCCCGAUCUGGUGUUUAUGAAGCUCCAAUCACUCAACUGCCCCCCCCUCUUUUGGUGCCUUUUAAGAUCGACUGUUGUGGGCCACCCGUGAUACAGAAAGGCUGUUGUCCGCCACCCUUGAUACAGGUUGAUUGUUGCAGACCACCCGUGUUACAGCAGAAGCCAGGCUGUUGUUGUUGCGGACAUGAGUAGAGGCGCCGCCGCUACAGUUUGUGGAAUUUGAUCAUACACGGUCCACGUGAAAGUUUCUGGCAAGUGCGUGCAUCCGGUGUAGUGUCGUUUCACAGUUUAGCAGUCCGUUAAUCCAAUGGGCAAAUUUAUUUCCUCGACUCGUGAAGGAUAUAUCGUUGGUGAGCCGACUGCUGGCUCAUAGGGGAACAGUUGUGGCCGUGUGUGAGUGUGUCUGACCUUGUUGAUCAAAUUCACCGUGCGUGUCGUCAGUGAGCUGGUGCUAUGUGGUUGCUGGCAUCAGUGCUCGGGCAACUACCUGUGCAAACUUUUUUAUCACUCCGUGAACAGCCCUCUAUCGCGGGACGAGUCUGUAGACUUUUCGUAGUUGCGGGCAUUUACAACAGAAAUCAGGUGAGAAGCCAGCCUGAUAACAGCAGACCGUUGUUCAAUAAGCGGCUGUGUCCUGCUCGUGUUUGUGGCAGACACACGACUGCGCCUGCGGAUGCCAGGAACUGUGGUAGCCGAAAGUUGCCAAAGAAAAUGCCGAGUUCUCAAACGUGACUGUCAUUACUGUGAGGCAGAACUAUGCAGCGCCGUGAGAGCGCAUUGUGGGCAAGCGAAUACGUUGAAACGACGUUUGCUGUAAUCUGAUGUGGAAGCCACGACCAAUGGUUGUGGGCGAAGCAUUCCAGGAAAUGGAGAACAGUGAUUAGGGAAACAGGAGCAACAUGUGCAAGAAGGAUUCGACGUCAGCGGCAUCCAACCAGCAGAGCGAAAAGUGCUGCAGUAUUCGGCACCGAUGAAGAAUAUAUUUAAAUGAAACUACUGUUGGAUCUGCGCGGAAAGAAGAAACAAAUAGGCUCUUCUUGGCUUUUUUCUGAUGGACCGACCUGAAACAUAUUCGAUGGGUUGCUGUGAAAGUCGCGUGUCUGCUAAGGGCAGUACCCAGCAGAAAUAAACUCAAUCGAGUGCAGGAGGAGCAGAUACAGUUAGGACGUUGAGCACGUAGGCUCUGCAGAUUUAUGUGGUCAACGGAAGGUUUCUUCUUCGUAGGCCAUACGAGGUUCUCUCGAAAUGGUGAAUCGAUGAGUCAUUUGCGAAGUAACAGACCGGCCACGGAGGAUUCGGUGCAGCUAAGUCUUCAAAAACCUUC